GAUUCACAGAGAAACCACACACACACACACACUCUCUCUCUCACACACACUCACAGAUAUCCGUGAUUGUUUCUGAACUCUCACGCUCUCUCAGUACAUCUGACCUGUAUGCUUGUACCUGUGCCGCCACCACUUUAGCUACAUUUGGGAUUUAUUCUCCCCUCCAGGAGUUGCUCACCCGCCUCUUCGACUCCCUGGUGUCUCCCUCCCCAGGCCUGCUGCGAUUCUGGACUAUGCCCCCCUCAGUCAGCUGAGGGAGGGGGCUCUUGCACUGCUCAGGCUCCCAUCCAGAGAAGGCUUGGGCUGAAAUCAAAGAGAAGGUGAUCGGGUAGGUCACACUAACCGCUGCGUUUUCUUGGCAGAUAAUUUUUUUUGUUUUGAUGUAAACUCAAAGAGUAAGAACUCCCUUUCCUGUUGACUGUUUACUGUUCUGUAGCGGGGGAUCUCUCAGACAUAACGAGAACAUAGGUGAUUCUCAGGUGAGGGGACAAAAAAACAGCUCACAUACCAAAGAUCUCUCAUGUAUAGAAAUCUGCUUUUAGUGCUAAAGAAGUGGACAAGUUUGAAUUGGAAUUUAAAAAAAGAGUCAUUUUGACCUCUCAUUAGUAUCAGGCUGCAUAUCACCUAUUGAUAAGUGACUGUUUGAUGGAGCAGCUGCCCUUAUCUUCCCAUCAGCUUGCACUAUAAUUGCAGGUUAUUCCUGAAGAUGCAAGCUUCAACCGUCUCACCAGUGACCAACACUACCGUAACUUCGAACACAACCGCUAUCACCAAGUCCAAAGAACAAAUACUCAUUCAAAGUUCUGGCGCUAUGAUUGCUGUCAUUGUCAUUGGCAUUAUUAUCAUUCUCGCCAUUUUACUCAUCAUCCUGAAGACGUACAACAGGCGGACACGUGAAUCCAGACUCCUGGGAACCAGUAGAAGUUCAAAACCUCGUCCGAAGAUGUCCCAAUCUACAGUUCAAAGCAACUUUCCGCUGACGCCCGUGGGAAUCAGCUCUGUGUCAGGGAGCAUCACCAACUCAAACCCAGCCUCAGAGAGCAGCUUCCGGCUGCCCAGAGCAGAGCUCACCAGUGCGGAGGGGAAUCAAGUUGAGCAGUUCAGCACCAACAGCGGGUCCACCGUGGUCACCAUACAUGAAAAUCCAUCAAUAGAAAACACAUAGCACCAAGACUGCGGUUUAGUCUCAAAACAGACACUGACUGAUGUGUUGUUACAUAUUGUGCUGACUGAAUGCUGUGGAAACUCAAUCUGUGACCUUGUCACUGUUAAAUCUCCAACAACUGGGCCACUGGUAGAGACUACAAGGAUAUCAUGAGGUCUUUUGGGUGUACAAUUCAAAGAUGAUCAAAGCAGCACUGGAAAGAGACACAAGGGAAAUGAAGGAUCUGAAUACGGAAAUUUCCUUUUGAAGAACUUUGGCUAAACUCAGUGUUCAGAGAAUAGUCAUUGCUGUUUGUGCUCUUUGCUGAUGUUGCAUUACUGCUAAUGAAGUAACUAAGUAAUGUGUAGUGUGGAAAGCUAUGGGCCUAUGGCUGGAUAAUGCUGGUCCGGUGAUGCAAAUUUAUGUUUUCAAGAGGUUUUUGAGUAAACGUAGAAUUCAUCUAAUUGAAGGCAUGGAAAAUGAUAACUCUUUUUGUAGUUGUGUAAUGACACCCUUUAUGACUGAGAAAAUGUGUUAAUGUUCCAGAUUUAUUUUGAGCUCUAUUAACUUUACAUCAUUCUGUACUUGUGAGCAGUCACACAUUCACUCGGAUUAUUUUGUGUUUUUAAAAAUCUCAAAAAUAUCAUUACGUCCUUUUUUCUUUCUUUCUUUCUUUCUUUCUUUCUUUCUUUCUUUCUUUCUUUCUUUCUUUCUUUCUUUCUUACCACGCAGAAUGAAGAGACCUAUGUGAAACAGCUUGUCAGCCUUGCUUCCUGAUGUGAAUCAUUUUUAAUUUGACAUUAAAGUAUUUUGCACUUUAUUCUCUUUGGUCCAUGUAUUUGUAUUGUUUGUAGAUGUUCACUAAAUGAAAUGAAGUGAAAAUAAAAACUAAUAUUUGUA